GUGUAUCAUUUUCAAACCUCUCUCAUGAGUGGAAAACAGGAAAAAGAGAAGAAAGAAAAGAAGAGGGAAAGAUUUGCAGAGAAUAGCAAUACACAGACUAAAAAAGUGAAAAGGCCUUAGAUAACUUCCAAGUUUCCACAACCCAACAACCAACCUUCCAUAUAUUGAACAGAUAAUUUUUCUUUUGAGGUCCUUGUUCUGUUCUCUUAAUCCUAAAAAGUAACCCAGUACAUUCAAAAAAAGGAGAGAAAAAAUGGAUGGGAAUUUAACCAGAAGCAUAAGUAGGAGCUUAAGCAGGUCAAGUUGGAGAAUGGAGGGAGUGUUUGCAAGUGGCAGGUAUUCUCGAAGGACUUCAACUGUUGAUGAGGAUGAAGAGGCUCUCAAGUGGGCUGCCAUAGAGAAAUUGCCCACCUAUGACAGGCUUAGAACAAGUAUCCUCCAAACUUUUGCGGACGGUGAUGAUCAUGCUCAUCCAAACAGAUUGGAACACAGGGAAGUCGAUGUUCGAAGGUUAGAUGUCAAUGAAAGGCAACAGAUUAUUGACAAAAUCUUCAAGGUUGCUGAAGAAGAUAACGAAAAGUACUUGAGGAAAUUCAGAAACAGAAUUGAAAAGGUUGGUAUCCGACUCCCAACAGUAGAAGUGAGGUUUCAAAGUUUGACUGUUGAGGCUGAUUCCUACGUUGGAAGCAGAGCUCUCCCAACCCUACCAAACGUUGCAUUGAACAUGUUUGAAUCAGCCCUCGGCAUAUGUGGGAUUAGUACUACAAAGAGAACAAAGCUCACAAUUCUUAAAAAUGUCUCCGGCAUUAUUAAACCUUCAAGGAUGGCUCUUUUGCUAGGUCCCCCUUCUUCAGGGAAAACGACACUUUUGCUGGCAUUGGCUGGAAAAUUGGACAGCAGCUUGAGGGUAAACGGAGAGAUCUCUUACAAUGGAUACAAGCUUAAUGAGUUUGUCCCUAGAAAGACUUCAGCCUACAUUAGCCAAAAUGAUGUACAUAUUGGAGAAAUGACCGUAAAAGAGACCUUGGAUUUCUCAGCUAGAUGCCAAGGAGUUGGGACACGAUAUGACCUAUUAGCCGAGCUUGCUCGAAGGGAAAAGGAAGCUGGUAUAUUUCCAGAGGCAGAACUUGACCUUUUUAUGAAGGCUACCGCAAUGGAAGGAACAGAAAGUAGUCUCAUUUCUGACUAUACUCUCAAAAUAUUGGGUCUUGAUAUUUGCAAAGAUACCAUUGUGGGUGAUGAGAUGCACAGGGGUGUAUCUGGUGGCCAAAAGAAGCGUGUAACCACAGGGGAGAUGAUUGUUGGGCCCACAAAAACACUGUUCAUGGAUGAGAUAUCAACGGGUCUUGAUAGCUCAACAACAUAUCAGAUAGUGAAAUGCUUCCAGCAGAUUGUACAUCUCACAGAAGCAACAAUCUUCAUGUCCCUGCUUCAACCUGCUCCUGAGACGUUCGAUCUCUUUGAUGAUAUCAUCUUAAUAUCGGAGGGCCAGAUCGUUUAUCAGGGCCCACGUGAGCACGUCAUCGAAUUCUUUGAAUCAUGUGGGUUUAGAUGCCCUGAUAGAAAGGGUACCGCAGAUUUCUUGCAGGAGGUUACUUCAAGGAAAGACCAGGAGCAAUACUGGGCAAACAGAAGCCAAGGAUACCGUUAUGUUUCGGUGAACGAGUUUGCAAACAGGUUCAAGCAGUUCCAUGUUGGGAUGCAGCUUCAGAGUGAGCUCUCAGUGCCAUUUGACAAGUCAAGUGGACAUAGAGCAGCUCUUGUUUACAAGAAAUAUACAGUCUCCACAAUGGCACUUCUUAAAGCCUGUUGGGACAAGGAAUGGCUACUCAUCAAGAGGAACUCCUUUGUCUACAUAUUCAAGACAGUUCAGAUUAUCAUUAUUGCUCUCAUAUCCGCGACUGUGUUCUUUAGGACCAAAAUGCAUAGAAGAAAUGAGGAUGACUCAGGUGUUUACAUUGGUGCAAUUUUGUUUGCCAUGAUCAUGAACAUGUUCAAUGGCUUUUCUGAGCUGCCACUCACAAUUGCAAGACUUCCCGUGUUCUACAAGCACAGAGACCAUCUUUUCCAUCCUCCUUGGACUUACACACUCCCCAAUUUCCUCCUAAGGCUCCCCAUUUCAGUGUUUGAGUCUAUUGUUUGGGUUGGUAUUACAUACUACACCAUAGGUUUUGCACCUGAAGCCAGCAGGUUAUUCAAGCACUUGUUGCUGGUGUUUCUUGUCCAACAAAUGGCAGCUGGUAUGUUUAGGGUCAUAUCAGGAGUUUGUAGGACAAUGAUUAUUGCUAACACUGGUGGAGCCCUCAUGCUCCUUCUUGUUUUCUUACUUGGAGGUUUCAUCCUUCCUAAACGUAACAUUCCAAAUUGGUGGGAGUGGGCCUACUGGGUUUCGCCACUUUCAUAUGCUUUCAAUGCCUUUUCUGUGAAUGAAAUGUUUGCUCCGAGGUGGAGCAAACCGGCGUCUUCAGAUAAUUCAACCACAUUGGGUUUAGCUACAUUGCAUAACUUUGAUGUUUUUGCUGAAAAACGAUGGUACUGGAUUGGUGCAGCAGCUCUUCUGGGUUUCGUUAUUCUUUACAAUGUUCUCUUCACCCUUGCACUUAUGUACCUUAAUCCUAUUGGAAAGAAACAAGCAAUUAUAUCUGAAGAAGAAGCAAGCGAAAUGGAGGGUGGUGGAGACUCCAGGGAAGAACCCAGACUUGUAAGGCCAGAGCCCAACAGAGAGUUACCCCUUCGAUCAUUAUCUUCUGCUGAUGGAAACAACACAAGAGAAGUAGCAAUGCAGCGAAUGAGCAGCAGAGGUAUUCCAAGUGGAUUAAGAAAUGCUGAUCCAACGCUUGAGUCAGCCACUGGAGUUGCCCCCAAGAGAGGAAUGGUUCUACCUUUUCAACCACUUGCAAUGUCUUUUGAUAGUGUUAAUUACUAUGUGGACAUGCCCGCUGAAAUGAGAGAACAAGGAGUGACAGAUGAUAGGCUACAAUUGCUUAGGGAAGUAACUGGUGCCUUUAGGCCUGGAGUUCUAACUGCUCUAAUGGGAGUUAGUGGAGCUGGAAAGACAACUUUGAUGGAUGUUUUAGCAGGAAGAAAGACAGGUGGCUACAUUGAAGGAGAAGUUAGAAUCUCUGGGUUCCCCAAGAAUCAAGAAACCUUUGCAAGAAUUUCUGGAUACUGUGAACAAACUGAUAUCCAUUCACCCCAAGUUACUGUCCGAGAAUCUUUGAUUUAUUCUGCUUUCCUUCGGUUACCUAGAGAAGUCAGCAAUGAGGAAAAGAUGAAAUUUGUGGACGAAGUGAUGGAUUUGGUUGAGCUGAAUAAUCUCAAGGAUGCUAUAGUUGGGCUUCCAGGUGUUACAGGAUUGUCAACCGAACAGAGAAAGAGGCUAACAAUAGCUGUUGAGCUCGUUGCUAAUCCUUCAAUCAUUUUCAUGGAUGAACCCACUUCAGGUCUCGAUGCAAGAGCAGCAGCCAUUGUUAUGAGGACAGUUAGAAACACUGUCGACACUGGAAGAACAGUUGUCUGCACAAUUCACCAGCCUAGUAUUGAUAUCUUUGAAGCCUUCGAUGAGCUGCUGUUGAUGAAGAGAGGAGGGCAAGUGAUAUACUUAGGACCAUUAGGAAGGAAUUCACACAAGAUUAUAGAAUAUUUUGAGGCAAUAGCAGGUGUCCCAAAAAUCAAGGAUAAGUACAACCCUGCUACAUGGAUGUUAGAGGUAAGCUCUAUGGCAGCUGAAGUUCGGCUUGGAAUGGACUUUGCUGAAUACCACAAAUCAUCAUCUUUGCAUCAGCGAAACAAAGCUCUUGUAAGAGAGUUAAGUGUACCUCCUCCUGGAGCAACAGAUCUGUAUUUCACCUCUCAGUUUUCUCAAAACACUUGGGGACAAUUCACAUCAUGUAUAUGGAAGCAGUGGCUGACAUAUUGGAGAAGUCCAGAUUAUAACCUUGUCAGAUAUUUCUUCACCUUAGCUGCAGCUCUCAUGGUGGGGACAGUAUUUUGGAAAGUUGGCAAAAAAAGGGAUAGUUCAAGCGAGCUGAACAUGAUUAUAGGAGCACUUUAUGGUUCUGUCUUUUUUGUUGGUGUUAACAACUGCCAAACUGUUCAGCCAGUGGUUGCCAUUGAAAGAACAGUAUUCUAUCGAGAAAGGGCUGCUGGAAUGUAUUCAGCUUUGCCUUAUGCCAUUGCACAGGUUAUUGUUGAAAUACCAUACGUGUUUUUUCAAACUAUAUAUUUCGCGUUCAUAGUGUAUGCUAUGGUGAGCUUUGAAUGGAAAGUCGAGAAGGUCUUCUGGUUCUUCUUUAUCAGCUUUUUCUCCUUCUUGUACUUCACAUAUUAUGGGAUGAUGACUGUUUCCAUUACACCAAACCAUCAAGUGGCAUCAAUCUUUGGAGCAGCAUUCUAUGGACUCUUCAAUCUCUUCUCUGGUUUCUUUAUCCCAAGACCGAAAAUUCCUAAAUGGUGGGUUUGGUAUUAUUGGAUAUGCCCAGUAGCAUGGACAGUGUAUGGAUUAAUCGUCUCACAGUAUAGAGAUGUAACGACAGGCAUUAGUGUGCCUGGGAAUGAUCAACGUGUUCCUAUCAAAGAGUUUAUUGAAAAACAUUAUGGGUACAAACCAGACUUCAUGGGGCCAGUUGCUGCUGUUUUGGUCGGUUUCACUGCCUUCUUUGCCUUUAUAUUUGCCUACUGCAUCAAAGCACUGAACUUCCAAACAAGAUAAAAAGAAAACAAGAGAGGCUAAAUUAGUGGAAAAUGAAGUUCUGCAUGUUCUACUAGUGAAAGUGCCUUCUGUGUAUAUAGCCAAGGGCAACAAAUUUUAUACUUGAUGAUAGACAACUACGAUAAUUUUUCUGGCAAGUUUUGAGGAUCAUUUAUUAAAUUUAAAUCAUGUUGGUCAUGUAAUUUUUAUAUUGGUUUGCUCUCUAAGAUAAUUCAUAUUGGAUUUUUCCAGUUUAUG